UGUAAACAUUUUUUUUUCCCUUUCUACGGGGAAAAAUUCUAACCUCUUUCGUUUCGCUCUCUCCACACAAAUAUUGGUUUGUACCAGUUUAUGUUGUGACUGAUGCUCUGCUGUUGCUUAUUAUUUAAUAAUUUCAACUAAUCUAAAGGAUUCAAGUAAGAGAAUGGGUUCUUGUGAAGAACAUACGCUAACAUUGGACACGCUGAACCCCAACGUUAUUGAGCUACAGUACGCAGUACGAGGCCCGGUCGUAAUCAGGGCCACUGAGAUUGAGAAUGAACUGGCAUCGGGAGUUAAAAAGCCUUUCAAUAAAGUGGUGAAGGCUAACAUCGGAGACUGUCAUGCUACUGGGCAGAGGCCAAUGACCUACAUCAGACAAGUGUUAGCUCUAUGCACAUACCCAGAGCUGAUGAACAGCCCAGAUUUCCCAGCGGACACUAAAGAAAGAGCUAAGAAAAUCUUGGAAGAGUGCAAAGGUCACAGCUUGGGAUCUUACUCUGACAGCUGUGGCAUCAGCUUGAUUAGGAAACACGUGGCCCAGUAUAUAGAAGCUCGAGAUAACUACCCAUCUGAUCCUAAUGAUAUUGUGCUAAGCACAGGUGCCAGUGACGCCAUUAAGUCUGUCAUGACACUACUGCUGACUGGCAAGGGUGGCAGUGACAGGGCGGGGUUCAUGAUCCCCAUCCCUCAGUACCCGCUGUACUCAGCAGCCACAGCUGAGUUCGGGGCGUAUCCGAUUCCGUAUUACCUGAAUGAGAAAAACAACUGGUCCCUGGGGAUAAGUGAACUGGAGAGAGCCAUCAAUGAAUCUAGGGACAAGUGCAAGCCCAGGGCUAUAGUGAUCAUCAACCCAGGCAACCCCACUGGAGCUGUCCUGACCAAAGAAAACAUUCAAGGCAUCAUCAAAUUUGCCAAGCAGGAGAAGCUGUUUAUCUUGGCGGAUGAAGUCUACCAGCACAACGUGUAUGCAGAGGGGGCCAAGUUCUUCUCAUUCAAGCAAGUCUUGAUGGAGCUGGGGGCGCCCUACAGCCAGAUGGAGCUGGCCUCGUUUAUGUCGGCAUCCAAAGGCUUCAUGGGAGAGUGUGGAUACAGGGGAGGGUAUGCUGAGGUUAUAAACCUGCUCCCUGAAGUCCGUGCCCAGUACUACAAAAGUAUUUCAGCCAAGCUGUGCCCACCUAUCUCAGGACAAGUGGUUAUAGAUUGUAUUGUCAAUCCACCCAAGCAAGGUGAUCCCUCCUACUCACUGUUUAUUAAAGAGAAGGAGUUUGUUCUAGAAAAGUUGAAGGAAAAGGCUGAGCUGAUUACCAAACUGUUUAACUCUAUAGAAGGGAUCUCAUGCAACCAGGUGAUGGGCGCCAUGUAUGCCUUCCCCCGCAUCUACCUGCCUGACAAAGCCAUCAAGGCUGCUGAAGCCUCAGGACAGUCCCCAGAUGCCUUCUACUGCUUCGCUCUGUUGGAGGAGACAGGCAUCUGCACGGUGCCAGGAAGUGGCUUCAGAGAGGAGCCUGGUACUUACCACUUCAGGACCACCAUCUUACCUCAGGUGGAGGAACUGAAGGAAGUGUUGACCAAGUUUGAAAGUUUUCACCUAAACUUUAUCUCCAAGUACAGCUAGUGGGGGAGGCAGCACCAGCGAUGCUGUAUGUGUGGCCACACCUCCCAGUGGCCAUGGACUUGCAUGAAUUUUGUUCUAUUAAUCUUGGGUCUUGCGACAAUAAUCAAAAACUAACUGUUUGAAUUUAAACGUUUGAAGUCCUAUCUGAUUUUUGUCUGGAUGUCUCCACAAUACAUUAACGACUAAAACAUAUGAGCAAUGAAAUACAAUUUUCCCAAAUGUGACAUUCACAUAACAGAUUGAUGUGUCGUUACUAAUAUUAGCAAAUUAUAUGUCAUAUUCUUUAUUUUAAGUGUUGAUAUAUUCCAGAUAUAAUUCAGCUAAAUGUCCUUCCUUUUUAAGGCUUGUUUAAAUUCAGUAGACUUUAUUCACUAGUUUAGUACAAAUGGCAUGAUCUGUUAUGUGUUAGAAGAUCUUUAAAAUCUGUGUUGAAAUCAAAGAGUUGUAAUUGAUGAGAAAGCAUUUGAUAUGAUCUUACAGUGUAGACUAGCUACUGGGGUGAAGUAUCUCUUGUUCUACACUAGAUAUACUUCCAAUACUUAUACUCAGAUGGUUUCAAAUUACUGUAAACAUUUUCAAAAAGCUUGUUGUUUUUGUUUUAUUUAGCAAUAAUUGAUCAGAGUGCAAUAGCUAACAACAAGUGCCUUUAUUAUAAAAAAAAUUGGUUUAUGUUCUUGUGUGUUGGUUGCAUUAGUUGAUAUAGUGCCAGUUAGGGCUUUCACACAGUUUUCAUGCUUUUUAUUUUGUUUUUGUUGCUAAAUUUUUGUGGAUGGAAAUAUUUGAUUUUCAAUUGUAGGGAAUUUUGUUAGUGUUAAAGUGCUGGUUCUAUGCCUAGAGUUCUUGAUGCUAAAUUCUUUUGCCAUUGGUUGCAUGGUGUUAAAGUGUAGCAUGUCUUUUCUUGGUUUGCUCGGUAUGGAAGUGAUGUAAAUGUUUGAUGGGAUUAUUCUAUUUUUCAGGUUAGUAUAGGAUGGGGGGUAUAUUUUUCAAUAUUUAUGUACAAAUAUACAAACAAAUAUCAAAUUAUCAAAGGCGCCUUGCAACAUGUUUACCAUUGGCCAGACUUUUGCCAGUGUGUACUUAAAGAAAAUUUGGUCAAGUCUCUCCUAUACAUAAAGAAAAUUUGGUCAAGUCUCUCCUAU